AUGGAAAAGAUCAACCCUGACUGGGCGAAGGACAUUUCGUGCAGAAAUAUCACCAUAUAUGGCUAUUGCAAAAAAGAGAAAGAAGGUUGCCCUUUCAAACAUAACGAUAAUGCUACCGCUACUACUACCAUCACUACCGCCACUAACGACGUUUCUUCUCUCCUAGACGCUAGCGAAGCGGCUACCCCAACCAUGGCGUCUGUUCCCAAGUUCAAUGCCAAGGUUUCGGCCAGUUUUACUCCAAUGACAAUUGGCAGUGAUUCUUUAGCCACUGCCAGUACCACCACUUCCGCUACUACGAGUACUGGUGGUAGCAUCACUGUAGCAGCUACCUCCGCCACUACUUCUACUGUUAACUCAAUGGCCAGCCCCGUGGUCGAUAACACUUUGCCCAGCAACAAUAACAACAGUAGCAACAUAAGCAUAUCGAUACCUGCCACCGCCUCGAGUUCCAAUUACGACCCAUUCAAUGCCCCCAUUUUUACCCCUUCUUCCACUUCUUCGAUUCACACCAGUACGAAUGCACCUUCGUACCCAUUCCCUACCAUGACCAAUUCUGGAGGCAUAAAUAUAAACGUUAAUGAUGAAAACAAUAGCAACAUGAGCAUGACAAACAACGUGCCACCUCCAAUGCCACCGCCCCCUAUGGAGAAUAACGAUCUCAAAUAUCCAAGAAUCUAUCCGCCUCCACAUAGUCUUUUACAAUACCAUCUCUAUGCCCCUGAGCAACCACCAUCGUUGAAAUCGCUUUUAAAACCGAACGAAAGGUCUGCUGACCAACUAUUCAUCCCGAAUAAUAUUAGAGAAGACUUGACGAAGAAAAACCUUUCGACUCUGCAGAUUUUCCCCUCAUCCGGUAAGGUCAUACCAAGCGUUGUUCAAGAUUAUUUCAACUUAGUCCCACUAAAUUUCAAUAAUAACGAUUUUUUAAAUAAAACUACCCUUUUCAAAGUCUUUUCCAAUUACGACGGUAAGCCAUACGUUUUAAAGAGACUACCUAAUAUUGAUAAAUCGAUGAAUCCAAGCAAAAUAUCCAAAAUUUAUCAAAUAUGGUCAAAGGUAAACUGUACCAAUCUAAUAAAAUUUAGAGAUAUUUUCCAAACCACCAAAUUCGGUGACCUAUCUAUCUGUUUGAUAUUUGAUUAUUAUCCGAAUUCAUUAUCUUUGUACGAUUACCAUUUUGUCAAUUUCCCCAAAUUUCCCAUUACAAUGAACUAUCUAUGGACUUACUUAGUUCAAUUAACCAAUGUGAUGAAUUCCAUCCAUUCGCAAAACUUGAACAUUGGAAAUACAUUAAACUGGACGAAAGUUUUAAUUACUGGUGACCCAGGUAGAAUCAAAUUGUCACAUUGCGACUUUAUGGACUCGUUGUUUAAUGAAGAUGUUGACUCAGUAGUGUCUUCCGGCGGGAGUACCAAGGAAAGACAACAACAACUGGAUUACAAGCACUUGGGACAACUAUUAUUCAACUUAUCAAUCAAUACUGAUAACUUCAACAACAAUAACACGCCAAGAGAAUAUCAAAUAGAUGAAAUUACUUUACAAUCAAUCGACGAUAUGAAACAGAUAGAUGACAAAUUCAAAGACGUGUUGAAGUAUUUAUUAGCUGAUGGCGAUGUAAAGAAGAGUGUCCAUGACCUGACCAGUCAUUUUUAUGAUAAAAUGUUCAUGGUCUUGGAGUCAUCACAAACUUACACAGAAUACAUAGAAUCCGUCUUAUCAAGAGAACUGGAAAAUGGCAGGUUAUUCAGACUGGUCAAUAAACUAAAUUGUAUCUUUGGUAGAAUCGAAUCUAGAAUAGACAUAAAUUGGUCCGAAUCAGGUACGAAGUUCCCCAUUAUACUAUUUUACGACUACGUAUUUCAUCAAGUGGAUUCAAAUGGGAAGCCAAUAAUGGAUUUAACCCAUGUACUAAGAUGCUUGAACAAAUUAGAUGCAGGUAUUCAAGAAAAAUUAAUGUUAGUCACGCCGGAUGAGUUGAACUGUAUUAUUAUAUCCUACAAGGAGUUAAAAGACUUGAUAGACUCCACUUUUAGAUCUAUCACCCAAUAG